AUGACUGCUAACGUCUAUAAGAUUGACGAAGAUCUACUGACAUGUCCUGUUUGUUUGAAACGUUACAAGAAUCCAAAGAUUUUACCAUGUCACCAUUCCUUCUGUGAACAGUGUUUGGCGCAGUUGAAGGGGACGCAGGACACGAUUGAAUGCCCCAACUGCAGACAGUGUCAUUCCGUGAGUACCAUUCAAUACCUUCGACCAAGUACGAUAAUAAAUUCUGUGAUAGACAUUAUUGAAGAACAGGAAAGACGCCAAGAUGGUGGAGCGUGCCAUGGUUGUCAAGAAAACCCAUCGACAAACAGGUGUGUAGAGUGUGCUAUGGAUUUGUGUACUACAUGCGCCAAAGUCCACAGUAAUAUACCAUUAAUUAGUCCACCUCAUCGUAUUAUGACUGCACAGGAUUUUAACAAGACCAAAUUACAAGACCAAUCCAUAGCUUUAGCCGCAGUUCACUGCACUUCACACAAAGACAGACUUAUUGAAAAUUAUUGUGCGAAAUGUAAAGUUCUGACAUGUCCUUUGUGUUUGAGAGUGAGUCACAAAUGGCAUAGAAGCAUUGACUUACGGGGGGCUGCAGAUAGAUUCUGUAAGAUGGCAACAGAUCACAUAAAACUCUUGAAAGCAAAACAAAGUGAAGUAAAACAAAGCAAAAUAAAUGCCACAAAACAAUCAGAAGAAUUAACAAAACAACAUUUGCAUCGAAAACAACAAAUAAAGCAACAUUCACAGGAAACUAUUGAGAAAUUAACAAAAAUAAUAAAACAGGAAGAAAACAGUCAUUUGAGUAAAUUAAAAACUGAUUAUGACAAAAUGAACGAGGAGAUCAACAGAAUAAUUCACCAGUAUGAAACAACUGAGGAAAUACUGACAAGUACAAUAACGUUGAUGAAUAAUUUAUUAGAAUAUAGCAGUGCUGCACAGCUGAUGAAAACUAGUAAAGAAACAACAAAUCAACUGGAAACUAUGAUGUCACUUGAUACAACAUGGAAUGAUAAAAAUAAAUCACUUCCACAGUUUUAUCCUGGUGACAUUACACUGCAAGGCAUGCUGGGAACACUUCAGGCUGCAGAUUCUGUCAAUCCCUCAGAUCAACAAAAACAAGAAUCAACACACGCUAUAAAUGCACCAAUGAAAUUAGAGAAAAUCAUAGGGGGGCGAGGCACGGAACUAGGGAUGUUUGAUGAACCUAUCGGAGUGAGCAUUAAUACAAGCGGUGAUAUUUUAGUGGCGGAGGAAGGAAAUGGUAGAGUUCAGAUUAUAGACACAUAUGGCAGACCAAAGUCACAGUUACAAUUUACAGGAUAUAGUAAACCAGUCAGACCCAUAGAUGUAGCAGUAUCAGUAGAUAAUACAUACUUCAUAACAGAUGGGCCAUGGGAAGGCCAUGAAGGAAAUAAUCAGGUGAUUGUAUGUAAUCAAUAUGGGAAUUUUAUAACGUGUUUGGGUGGGAGAGAAUUAAAGUGUCCGCGUGGAAUUGCUAUCAACCAUAAUAAUGGUGUUGUAUAUGUGGUAGACUGUGAUGCACAUUGUAUAAGAUCAUAUGAAAUAACAGGUUUCAGGUAUAUUAAGUCAGUUGGUGGAAAGGGUCAAGGGUCAUGUCAGUUUGUACAUCCGACGUUCAUAUCUAUCAAUAGUAAGGGAUGUAUAAUAGUCUCAGAUAACCAUCGUGUUCAGGCCCUCACAUCUGAUGGUGUAUUCAUGUUUGAAAUCAGAGGAUGUCCAUAUGAAAAGUUCAUCUGGCCCAUGGGAGUUACUACUGAUAAGAACGAUAAUAUUUAUGUAUGUGACAAUGGCAACGAUAGAGUGCAGGUGUUUGACAGUCGAAGUAGAUAUAUAACUGAUAUUGUUUGCGAUGCAGUAGAUGGCCCUAGGUGUAUAGCAAUUAGUGAUGACGGUAAAGUUGUUGUCACCGAUGACUUACACUGUGUUCAGUUCUGGUCAUUCAUCAAGUGA